GGGACAUAUUGUAGGCCAUACACGAUGCAAAUGAUAAACGCAUGUAAUGUACGGGACGUCUUAGGAAACUUACAUGACACCUUUACAGAAUGAAUGACCGGAGUUGAACCAGCUGAUUUUCACAGUACAUUUUGAAAGUUGUUUUUCACCCGCUCAAUAUGAAGCCAAAACCUUCAAAAUUUCAAUAUGUAGGAGCGAUAGUUUGUGGAAUUCCUUCCUCGCUUCCUGAUGCUGCGCAAAGACUGAGUGAUCCUUCAGAAGCCGUGAACUACAACAAAGCGGUGCAACAACACCAAGAGUAUGUUCGUGCCUUAAAAGAUCUUGGAUUACAAGUUAUAGAGCUUCCCGCUGACGAGAAAUACCCUGAUUGUGUCUUUGUCGAAGAUGUGGCUGUUGUGUGUGACAAAGUUGCCCUACUUGCCCGUUUAGGUCACACAACCCGCCGCGGCGAAGCAACGAAAAUGAAAACAACUCUGCAACAACUUGGGUUGAAAGUCGUUGAAAUGCAAGAACCGGCUGCUUUAGAUGGCGGAGAUGUACUGUUUACCGGUAAAGAAUUUCUGGUAGGCCUGUCUACUAGGACGAAUCUAGCGGGAGUAAAUUAUUUGGCUGAAACGUUCCCAAGUUACCCAGUUACAACCAUUCCAGUAACCGAACAUCUUCACCUGAAAUCAAUGAUGACUAUGGCGGGCGAUGAUAUGAUUGUUGUCGGAGAAAGUGAAGAGGCCAAGAAUGCUUGGUCCGAGAUGGAGAAAAAAGCGAGGUUUCGCUAUGAAAAGCUGAGUGUUUCUGAGGACACUGCGGCUAACUGCGUGUUUGUCAAUGGUACACUGUUGCACCUGUCUGCAGCUGAAAUUCCAAACAGUAUUGAGACUUUUAAUAAAAUUACUGGACCAAAGAUUGAACUGGAAAAUUCUGAACUCCAUAAAGUUGACGGCUGCCUCACUUGCUUGUCCAUCUUAAUAUGAAAGAAUCCUUGUAGCUAGAAAAUACAUGUAUAGUAUAUAAUAUUUGUUGGUAGGUAUCCGCUUGAUGAAAUGUCAUCUUUAAAACACUUUCAAGGAGAAUUAAGGAUAGAAAGAGUGGUAAAAGUGAAAGAAGAAACUUUCUUAGCUGUGAAUUAGUCCUUUGUCAUUCACCCAGAUGAAUCAUUCACUCAAAACAGCUUUUAAACUCUUUAUGGUGGCCACCUUGUUACCCCUGCAGACACGGCACCACAGCUCCUUUUUUAGAAAUUUGUUCCCUUUAUUCAUGCUUCUAUUUGACGUCACAUUGACUAAUGUCAUUAUGUAAGACAUCUGAUAACAUCACUGUUCUCCCGGGCUAUUGCAAGAGUCCAUUUGGUUAAUACAGGUAUAAAAAGUAAAAUGAAUACAACUCUUGUGAAACUAUUUCUGGAAUAGUAAUACAUGAAAUCAUAACUUCUUUCAAAUAAAAUCACCAAGUUCAGCAUUGUAUUAAAUAAUGGGUAGUAUGAUAGAAAUGGACUCUUACUUUGUGUAGAAGACACAGUUGAUGUAAAAUAAUAGAGAACAAGAAAACAAUGAAAACAGUAGGUCCAUGAGGUGGUGUUAUUUGGUGAAGUGUCCUUUGUCUUUUACACCAAGGGGUCUAGAAGUGGAUUGGACAAAUAUUUAAGGCGACUAAAGUAAACACUAAAAGUCAAGUGUAUGUUUGCAGAAUUUUAUUUUUCUUUACACAUGUUGUAGAAGUAAGGGAUCCACAGUUUCCAUUAAAAAAAAGUCAAACGUGAUA